AUGGCACAAUCUCAAGGAACCGUACCCCUUAGUACUUAUGGUACACCAGUUUCACACAAUUCGGUAGCACUGGCGACAGGGGGCAACCGAAUACCCUUAGUUGGACCAUCAGAAUUCUCUUGCAUCAGUCAAUCAGCCGUGAUCGCCAGGCAUCCUCACUUUCAACAUCUCCAGGCUGCAACGGCUGCUAAUAUGGCAAAUGGCUCAGAAAAUGCAUCCAACAGCAGUGAUGAUCACGCCAGUUUCUCCUACCGUUCUUUGCAAUCUUCAUCAUCUCAAGCUUCCCUAGGUGGUAGCGUGUCACGGAAGCAACCCAGAUCCUGGUUGAAGAAUGGAACGCCACUGAUAUCACCACCAUCCAAUAUGCAGCACGUUGUCCAUGUCUCACCGCAUGAUGCCGCCAUCAUCUCAUGUAAGUUUUCCUCAUGUAAAUAUAACUUUUGUACUUAUGGAAAAUUAAUAUUUUAA